UAGAAAGGGUUCGGUCUUCACCAACCACGAGUGGGGGGUGUGUAAAUUACCCUGAACCGGGAAUCUUUUUGGGUAAUUUCGAUUAUGGUUGUCGGGGGAGGGAGUGCGCACUGACAGCAAAAAGAGAAGCUCCAACAACUUGGAAAAUAUAAAAGAGAGGAGAGAUCCGAAAACAGGGAAUCAAAGAGGAAGCCGUCACCAUUCACGAACAAAGGUUUCGAUAGCUAAACAUCUUAUUUAUCUCUGAAGGACAGCAGUCAUUUUGAUGGAAGGCUUGGCGACUUCACGAAUCAUCUCGAUUCAAGCUUCUCGUAGACAGCAUUACUCUGCUUUUCUCCCUACAUUUUCCUUGAAGUUACAAAAAAUCUCGAAUGGAGGUCAAGUUUGGAUGAUGAAACGUCCUAAGUCGUUCAAGUCGAUUGCUGCUUCAGUUCAACCAUUAGAAGCCUCAACUACUGGCCACUUUGAUAAUAAGCAGCCUUCAAAAGUGGUACUUGAGCUGUGGAGAAGUGCUGAUGCAGUGUGCUUUGAUGUGGAUAGCACUGUGUGCACAGAUGAGGGCAUAGAUGAACUUGCAGAAUUUUGUGGGGCUGGAAAGGCUGUUGCAGAAUGGACUGCAAGAGCGAUGGGUGGUUCCGUUCCUUUUGAGGAGGCCUUGGCUGCCAGAUUGUCUUUGUUCAAACCUUCCCUGGCUCAAGUCCAGGAUUUUCUUGAGAAAAGACCACCAAGGAUUUCUCCUGGCAUGGAAGAAUUAGUCAAGAAGCUGAAGGCUACAAAUACCAAUGUUUAUCUAAUCUCUGGGGGCUUCCACCAAAUGAUCAAUCCUGUUGCAUCAAUCCUUGGAAUUCCACAAGAAAACAUUUUUGCCAAUAACCUGCUCUUUGGAAGUUCUGGAGAGUUUCUCGGUUUUGAUGCUAAUGAGCCUACUUCAAGGAGUGGAGGAAAAGCCGCUGCUGUUCAACAAAUAAGAAAGGCUCAGGGAUAUAAGGUCUUAGUCAUGAUUGGUGAUGGUGCUACUGAUCUUGAGGCCCGUAAACCAGGAGGUGCUGACUUGUUUAUUUGCUAUGCUGGUGUUCAACUUCGGGAGGCUGUUGCGGUGAAAGCUAAUUGGUUGAUCUUCAACUUCAGAGAUCUUAUAAAUGCCUUGGAGUAGCUUGUUUACUUUCCGAUUUUUAUGCCUUUUUCUUUUCUGUUACAAGUUUUGUGCACAUGUGUUUUAUGCAUGCAUUCUUCAUAAUUUUUUGCUAUAGGUUUAAGUGUAUAAAACUCAGAAAAUGAAUAACGAGGGGUUGUUUCAUGUUCUUUCCGCAUUGUAAAUGCCGAUGCUUUACAUCUUCAUACUCA